AUGACAUCCAAAAGUGAAAAUGCAACCUCAGUUACCUCGAAAGUUCACAUCAAUGACUUCAACAUCAAUGACUUCAACAUCAAUACAACGUUUCCGUCAACGCACGGCAUAACAGUCAAUGUUCACCAAGAGAUAGAUGAAGAUGAAGCAAGAGUUAGAGCCAUGGGAUAUAAGCAAGAGUUAAAACGUGAAUUUUCCCUUUGGUCAUUAUUCGGCAUGAGUUUUUCACUAUUGGGUCUUUUGCCAUCAGUGGCGGCAACGUUCAACUAUCAACAAUUGGUUAUUGGCAUGUCUCCAUUACCAUGGAUUGUUGCAAUUGUAUUCAUCACUUCAGUGGCCUUGUCUUUAGCGGAAAUAUCAUCAGCGUUUCCUUGCUCAGCUGGUGCUCCAUAUGCAACUUCACAAUUGGCACCAGUUAAAUACAAGCUGUUUUUCGCUUGGUUUGCUUAUUGGACCAAUUGGUUCUGCCAAAUCACAGGGUCUCCUGCUGUCAGCUCAACUUGUGCUAGCUUGAUGUUGGCGUUGUAUUCAUUCAAUUCUCCAACGUAUACACCUAAACCAGGUCACGUGUUUGGAUUAUCGACUGGUAUUCAAAUUGUUUGUGGAGUAAUAUGCUCUAUGCCAUCGCGGUAUGUGGCCAAGUUUUGUUCCUUUACUGCUUGGUGUAAUGUUGCAUUUUUGAUUAUCGUGUUUGUCAUGAUUUUGGGCGGUAAUAAAAGAAUGGAGCUAAAUAAUGAUGUGACAACCAAGUUUAACUCAAAUUCAGUGGCGUGGUCAUUGGAAAAUCAAACCGAAUGGCCUCAGGGGCUUGCUUUUUUGAUCUCCUUUUUGGGUGUAAUUUGGGUCAUGUCUGGUUAUGAUUCUCCUUUCCAUUUAGCUGAAGAGUGCUCUAACGCGUCAGUUGCUGUGCCAAGAGCAAUUGUAAUGACAAGUAUCGUUGGUGGAGUUAUUGGUUUUUGUUUCAUGAUUGCAAUUGCAUACACAUUGGUUAGCAUUUCCGAAAUAUCAAUGGAUACAUUAGGAUUAGGUCAACCAUUUGUUUCUUACCUAGUACAGGUGAUGAAACAUAAGAUAGUUGUUGCUUCAACCGCAUUCACGACAAUUUCAUCCUUUUUCAUGUCACAGAAUUGUCUAUUGGCCUCAUCGAGGGUUACAUAUGCUUAUUCAAGAGAUGGAUUGUUGCCUGGGUCACAGAUAUGGAAACGGGUUUCACCAGUGACUAGUACUCCCAUAUAUGCCGUAACAAUCAAUAUAAUCAUUGGUGAGUUGUUGCUUUUAUUACUUUUUGCCGGUGAGGUUACCAUUGGUGCUAUCUUUUCAGUUGGUGCCAUUGCUGCAUUCAUAUCAUUUACAUUACCUACAUUACUCAAAUUAACGACAGCUAGAAACACAUUUAAACCAGGACCCUGGAAUUUAGGCAAGUUUUCACAACCAGUAGGGUGGGUAUCAGUGGCAUUUGUUACCAUGAUGAUUCCAAUCUUGUGUUUCCCCACAGUCACAGGAAAGGACUUGCAUGCCAAGGAAAUGAAUUGGACAGCAUUGGUUUAUUUUGGUCCUAUGCUUCUUGUGACUAUAUGGUACUUUGUUGAUGCCCACAAAUGGUACCAUGGUCCUAAAAACAAUAUCGAUGAGGCUGAUAUUGUGUACGAUGAAGAAAUAAUUGAAGAUGGUAGUGAAAAAGGUGGAUGA